UCAAACAACCAAAAAAUCACACCACCACCAUCCACCACCAUCAUGACGGAAAAGGACUGCAGCCACCACAUUGACGAUGAGCGGCACAACCUCCAACGCCGCCUAAUCACCGCCUUGAUCGCGUUCGUAACCCUAAUCCUCUUCACAAUCCUCCUCAUUUUUCUCAUCCUACGUCCAACAAAACCACAUUUCAUCCUCCAAGACGCGACCGUGUACGCGUUCAACACCUCUACCCCCUUUAAUUUCCUCACGACCAACAUACAAAUCACGAUCGCCUCUCGUAAUCCUAAUGAUAAAAUUGGAAUUUACUAUGAUAAACUCGAUGUCUACGCCACGUAUCGUGGCCAACAAGUUACACUACCAACAUUGUUGCCACAAACGUACCAAGGUCACAAAGAUGUGUCGAUAUGGUCACCUUUUGUGUAUGGUAAUAAUGUACCAAUUGCACCUUACUUAGGUAAUGAAAUUAGUCAAGAUAUACUAUUUGGUACAAUUUUAUUAAAUGUUAGGAUUGAUGGAAGAGUUAGGUGGAAAGUUGGGAGUUUUAUUUCAAGUAAAUAUCAUUUGUAUGUUAAUUGUCCUGCUUAUGUUGGUAUUGGUGGAAAAUUUCUUGGGAAUAGUGUUGUUGUUGGGAAGUAUCAAUUGGUGCAAAAUUGUCAUGUUGAUGUUUGAAGAAUAAUUGAAGA